AUGGGAGAAAAGCCGCACAAGUGCGACCUCUGUCCUGCAGAGUUCAGCACAAGGGCAGGCCUGCGGCGUGACAGGCGGACACACAUGGACGAGAAGCCUUACAAGUGCGACCUCUGUCUUGCUGAGUUCGGCCAGGGUGAGAGGCUGUUGUAUCACAAGCGGAAACACACUGGCGAGAAUCCCGGUAAGUGCGACCCCUGUGUCGCAGAGCUGAGCCAGAGCGCAAGCCUGUCAUGUGACAAGCAAGAACGUGUGGGCGAGAAGCCCCACAAGUGCGAUCUCUGCACCGCAGAGUUCACCCUGAAGGGCAGCCUGACUCGCUACAAGCGAAAACACACAGAGUUCACGCACCAGCAUGGAAUUGCAGUGUCACGAGCGGACACACACGGACGAGAAGCCCUACAAGUUCAAUCCUCAGUUCCUGCGAGCUUGAGCGAGAGCACAAACCUCCAGGGCUACCACAAGGGGGACCUACGUGGCGUGCGAGGUGCAACCUCUGUCCCGCAGAGUUCAGCCACAGCACACAUGUACGUGCAGCAGUGA